AAAUCAAAUUGAAGUUUUUAUUAUAGUCAACAAUAAUGAAAUUAUCAGGCAAUCUGUUUGUCUUAAUUUUAUUGAUAUAUGAAUCUCAUUUAAUUGGAUGUGGCAAAUGUCCCGGUGCUCAAUACCAACCGCUGUUUACUCCUUGUAUUUGUAUAAAUGACACAACAAUUAUAUGCGAAAGUAUUGAAAACAUUGACUUAAAGCAAAUUUUUGAUUAUUUUUCUAAAACACUUAAUUGGAAGGAAAGACAUUUUAAAUCAUUAACUAUAAAUUGUCGACAAUUACUGGAAUUACAGGAAUUAACUUUUGGUGAUUUGACUUUCGAUAAUAUUUUGGUCACAAAUGGUCAAAAUCUGCGACAAAUACAUACCAAUGCAUUUGGUGCCACACGACUCACCCUUAAAAAUCUGACCAUUGAGGCCAAAGGUCAGUUGGUAAGCAUUUCUAAUGGAUAUAACCUGUUUGAGGCUAUCGGGUCACUCAUAAACAUUGAGAAUAUAAAUAUUAGUGGACUAAACAUUUAUGCCACACCUGAUUAUGCAAUAAAACCGCUUUUGGGUAAUCAAUGGGCGCUCAAGAAUCUGACCAUCAAUGGGACAAUACAUAGAAUAGGAAAGUAUGCUUUUUAUGACAGUGCCUAUCAUUUAAAGCAUAUAUCAAUUGGUAACCAAAUUGAGUACAUAUCAAGUCAUGCGUUUGAUAUGAGGAUUGCCUCAUUUGAGAGACUGACCAUUGAUUUGUCGGGCAAUCAGUUGACGGGUAACAGCUUUGAGGGCGAAGUCUUUCUCAACACCAAACGUACCAUUUAUUUGGAUUUGUCUAACAAUAAACUCUCACAUUUAGAUGAAUUCAUAUUUGACCCGUUCCUCAGUUUAGAUAUUAUGAAUAUAGUUAAUGUUUCCGGUAAUUUCUUGCAUUGUGACUGUCGUAUGAAAUGGUUGGCCAAAAAUCGCCUAAAAUACAAGAGACAAGUGGUGAACGCCCUGUGCUCUGAUGGACGCCCUUUUUGGGAACAGUCGUUGGAUGAGUUUAAUGAAUGCAAACACAAUGAGAUAAUAGAUUCAUAA